GGUAGUUUGGAGGAUUAUGAAGAAACAGUAAAGAAGGCUAAAGAGGCAUGGAAGAUCUGGGCGGAUAUCCCUGCACCUAAGCGUGGAGAAAUAGUGCGACAGAUUGGUGAUGCCCUGAGGCAAAAAAUCAAACCUCUGGGAAACUUGGUCUCUUUGGAAAUGGGAAAGAUUUUUGUCGAGGGUGUUGGGGAAGUGCAGGAGUAUGUUGAUGUCUGUGACUAUGCUGUUGGUUUGUCCCGAAUGAUUGGUGGACCUGUUUUACCUUCAGAAAGACCCGGCCAUGCCCUGAUAGAGCAGUGGAAUCCCGUUGGGUUAGUAGGGAUCAUCACGGCCUUUAACUUCCCUGUAGCAGUUUAUGGGUGGAACAGCGCAAUUGCAAUGAUCAGUGGAAAUGCUUGCCUCUGGAAGGGUGCGCCUACAACAUCCCUCAUUAGUGUUGCUGUUACAAAGUGA